AUGGAGAAAAAACCUCAAACCGUCCUCUUCCUACUUCUCUUCAGUUUUGGUGCAGCUCAAAAGAGCACCGCACGAUGGGCAGAAGAAUUCCAUGUAGGGGUGAUCCUCGACUUGGGUUCAUUGGUGGGGAAAGUAUCACGAACCAGUAUUUCACUGGCUGCGGAAGACUUCUAUUCAGUCCACCAAAACUACAGGACGAAGUUGGCCAUUCACAUCAGGGAUUCCAUGGGCAAUGAAGUCCAAGCUGCUUCAGCAGCUAUUGAGUUGCUGGAGAACUACAAAGUGCAAGCCAUCAUUGGCCCCCAGAAAUCAUCUGAAGCUGCAUUCAUAUCUAAACUUGGGAGUAUAAAACAAGUACCUAUUGUAUCCUUCACAGCAACAAGCCCUGAUCUCACUUAUGACAGUAUCCCAUAUUUCGUCCGUGCAACAUUGAACGACUCAGUUCAAGUGAAUGGUAUUGUCUCUCUUAUCAAAGCUUAUGGAUGGAGAGAGGUGGUGCUGGUAUAUGAUGACACUGAAUAUGGGAGAGGCAUUCUACCACACCUCGUAAAUGCCCUUCAACAGAUUGAUGCUCAUGUUCCAUAUCGCACUGCUAUCCCUUUGUCAGCAACAAGUGAAAACAUAAUGCAAGAACUCUACAAGUUAAUGGCAAUGCAAACAAGGGUUUUCAUCGUUCAUAUGUCAUCGACCAGGGCCUCUCUUAUCUUUACAAAGGCUAAGGAGGCAGGGAUGAUGGACAAAGGAUUUGUGUGGAUCGUUACAGAUGGAGUAGCAAACAUCGUCGACUCACUCAGUCCGUCUGUCAUUGAGGCAAUGAAUGGUGUAAUAGGAAUAAGAUUUCAUGUUCCCAGAUCACAAGAACUUGAUGCCAGCUUCUUAAUAAGAUGGAACAGAAUGUACCGGCAAUUUAACCCUAAUGAAUUGCCACUUGACAAGCCAAGCAUCUUUGGGCUAUGGGCCUAUGAUACAGUUUGGGCAUUAUCACAGGCCGCAGAAAAGGUUGGAGUAUCCGGAAAUAAAAAUAAGAGACUGCAGUCCAGUAAAAAUAGUACGAGCUUGGACUUGUUGGCAGUUUCCACAAAUGGUCCAGAGCUCCUAAAAGAAAUUGUACAGAACAAAUUCAGAGGCUUAAGUGGAAACUUUGACCUUACUGACAGACAACUACCAGUUUCUGCAUUACAAAUAAUAAAUGUGGUUGGUAGAAGCUGGAAACAUAUUGGGUUUUGGACUUUGAAAAAUGGACUUUCUCAACAGUUAAAUCAAAAUGGUUUGAAAAUAACAGGGUCAGCCUCAAUGCUUGAGCUAAAUCCAGUAAUUUGGCCUGGAGAAUCAACAGAAAUACCAAGGGGAUGGGAAAUUCCAGCAAGUGGUGACAAGCUUAGGGUUGGUGUGCCCACAAGUGCAUAUCCAGAGUUUGUACGGACAUCGAAGGAUCCUGUCACGAAUGCAACAAGAGCGGUUGGCCUUUCAAUAGACAUAUUUGAGGAGGUAGUAAAGAGGCUACCUUUUGCACUUAGCUACGAGUACCAAGCAUUUGAUACAAUUGAUGCAACAAGUUCAACAAGUUAUAAUGAUUUUGUUCACCAAGUUCAUCUUCAGAGAUAUGAUAUAGCGAUUGGAGACAUAACAAUCAUAUACAGCAGAACACCAUAUGUCGACUUCACGAUUCCAUACACAGAAUCAGGCGUGGGAAUGAUUGUCCCAGUCAAGGAAACAGUGAAGAAAAACAUGUGGAUUUUCUCAAAACCACUAAGCAAAGGAAUGUGGAUCGGAAGCAUCCUGUUCGUUAUGUACACAACAAUUGUUGUCUGGACGUUAGAGCAUCUAAAUGGCAACACACAUCUACAUGGUCCCUUUUCACUUAGACAACUGGAGAUUCUGAUGUCUUUCUCCAUAUUUGAAGAGAAGGAAAAGCUGAAAUGCAUUCUGUCUCGAUUAGUUCUACUUGUAUGGAUGUUUGUUUUUCUGGUACUUGCAUCAAGUUAUACAGCAAGCCUUGCAUCAAUGCUUACUGUACGGCAGCUUUCACCAAUGUUUACUGACAUUCGUGAACUCCGGAAGCAACAAGAAUACGUAGGAUUCCACCGAGGUUCCUAUAUAGAAGGUCUAUUGGUGGAUAUUGGCUUCGACAGAUCAAAAAUGAGAGCGUAUGAUCCUGAAGAGUUUCACAUUGCUCUUUCUAAUGGAGGUGAACAUGGUGGUGUUGCUGCACUUGUUCUGGAUGUUCCAUACAUCAAAUUAUUUCUUGACAAGUACUGCAAAGGUUACACAAUGGUUGGACCUAUUUACAAGAGUGCAGGGUUUGCAUUUGCACUUCCCAAGCGAUCUCCACUACUUGCGGAAAUAUCAAGGGCGAUCAUCAACAUAACAGGAGGAGAUACUAUCAUUCAAAUUGAAAAGAAAUGGAUUGAUCAAAACAGUUGUCAAAAUGAGGAAAAAAUAGAUGGCUCAGGCAGUGCUAUCACUUUUGACAGUUUUCGGGGAUUAUUCCUACUAUCUGGAUUUGUGACAACCUUUUCCAUUCCUGUAGCAUUGCUGAUGAAUCACUAUAAAAAAUAUCAACAAAAGGCACUGACCAAACAAGAUGAGCAGAAUAAACAAAGAUAUGUGCAAAAAGGAGAAAAUGGGCAUAUUCAAGAUGGCGAUCAAGGUAAUGAAGAAAAUGGAGACUGCGACAAUAUAUAAUCAAGAGAGAAUAUUGGUGCCUCAUAGUCCAAACAGAAAUGGUGACCUGCCAGGAGAUUGCACACAGAAUAACAGGGUGACAGCGACAACUCAUUUCGGUUCAGAAGUCAUUCACAGGGAGAGCGAAGCUAGUACGUCACAAAGUUGCUCUUAGUUUCUGAACUAAAUGAGACAGGCAGAGUUGAUGUUUCAAAUAAUUUUAUUUUAGACAUGAGUUACAACAAGGCCACUCAAUCCGCAUACAUUUUUUCCCCUUGAGUACUUCCUACUUUUCACAUGAAUAAUUGAUCAUUAUGAACCCCCUCCUUUUGACAUCAUUGAAGAUUUAUAACAGUGUGCACAUCAGCACAUGGAACUUCCUGUUACUACCUUUUUAUCAUUUUUUUCUCUUUUUAAAUUUGAAAUCCUUUCUCCGCUUUCAUACUGGUAUUCCAAAGAUGACCAACAUGGCACAAGCCGUAGCACUGCAUCUUGGCUGCAUAAAUCGCACGACGAACAGAGGAUCACAGUGCUCUGGAAUCUACUGGAACAUCUAGGGAGUGUUUGAUUUGAGGGAUUCCCUCAUACGAGAUGAGGUUGUCCACGGUAAGUUUAGCCAAUGAAUUUUUAUUGGGCUGACUCCAACUCUCUUUUUUUUACUAAUUAAUAAUGAGGCGGUGAUGGAUCAACCAUUCUACUCGAAAUAAACAAAAAUAAAAAUGUGAGGGACAAGAAGACCAUGGAUCACCCAAUUCCUCAAACCAAGCACCCUACUAAGCAGAAAAAACAGAAAUGCAAGUUGAGAAGACACGUUCGCAGUAGAAACUAUACCUACAUAGAAAUGUAGGAAGUAGAAACAAACAACACAGUCAGAAACAUUCAGGAGCGCUGCCCAGAUGGUAGCGGAUAGAAUCGAGGAAACCUGAGGACUGAAGGGUAGCGCAGAGGCGGCAGAGCUGAGCUAGCAGCUCGGCGACCGUUGCCACGCGCCGCUUCGGCCCUCCCGUCGCGAGGGUGGGAGUACCUGAGAGAGCCUC